AGGCCUUGGGGGAGCCCUGCCUCCGUCCCUAUCUUCCCUUCUCCAGGUAGGGGCAGAACCAGGUCAGGCCUGGACUUGCAGUCCACAGAGGAUGCGGGUGAGGCUGGACACAGCUCAGAGGGGCCGCUGGCCGUGGCGGCCCAGUGUGUCGGCUCUCCUGGGCCUAGUCCUGUGUGCAUUUGUCCCACCCGGGUGCUGAGGGCUUGGACACCUCCGCGGCCAGAAUGCUGGGGACAGCGUGGGGUCAGGAGGGAAACAGAACUCCCGGCAGACUGGGCAGCAGAGGACUGUGGCUCCCUCCUGGAGCCCUUCCCAAGGUGUCUCCCAUCAAGGACUGGAUCUAUAGUAUCUUAGGCUCCUGCUGACGCUGUGGACAGGGCGGGCGGCUGUAUCUUCCAGGGUGCACUGUGCGAUGGGGGGGGACCUGAGGACCCCUGGGCGCCACUCCUCAGAGAGCGGCUGGGCUGGUGGGAGUCUAGGCUCUUGGGCAGCCCCCACGCCCCCGGGGAGGGAACCGUAGUGAAUGCUCAUUAGUGCACUGGGGCCUGGGGCAUGGCUGAGCAGAAUGGUCAGUGGCUGGCAGAAGAGAGCUCUGAGUGUGUGCCGUAUGUGCACAUGCGUGUGCAUGUCUGUGCGUGAGCCUGGCGCCUGUCCGCACUCUCUUUUGCACACCGUGAUACUUGCUGCAAGGUGCGGGAAAGGCUAAAGCAGGGACAGAGGGCUCCCCAGGGGAGGAUGAGGAAAUCAAGGCUCGGGUCCCAGCCGCAGCUUCCCUCCUCAGCUGCGUGGAACGAGGGGCCUCGCUAUCUUGCGAAUAAACAGCUCUUCAGGUGGCGGUGUCUUUUCUCUGAGCCUUCGCCCAGAACCUGAACCCAGUGGGGUCUCGGGUGGGGGAACCCAGAAAGAUGCAAGGAAGGCGGCCAGGACAAAGCAGCGGGUGUGCGGAGUCACCCAUCAGCUGAGCACGACAGAAAAGGACAGGGGAAAGUGCUCUCGGAAGCCAGUGGCGGUGGUGUCCGGCAGGGCUGGAUGGGAUGGGACUGUCCAAGGCCACUUGGUGGCCACCCGUCCCCCGCACUCCUAGAUGCCCCGGGUGCCCGCACAGCGCAGUGUGGAAGCUGCCGGUGCUGACCCACUCCUCACUCGGGUCUGUCCAGGUGCAGGGAGGUGAUGCCAGGCGGCAGGGAGCUGGGAGCCACAGGGAGCCCUUGCCCUGCGAGGUCCUAGCCCCCUGUCCCCCACCAGGUGACCUUGAGGAUCCAGGUCUCCACAGACCUACACCGCUGGGCAGCCCUAGGGCCAAGGCAGCAGCCUCUCUGAUUAGAGCUGGAGGCUCAGGCUGCCCCGUGGGCUCAGGCCCGGAGCCCAGAGCAACCAGCACAAUAGCGUCCAACAGCUGGAGCGCCAGCGGCAGCCCCGGGGAGCCCCGGGAGGAUGGGCCCGAGGGCCUGGACAAGGGGUUGGACAACGACGCAGAGGGCGUGUGGAGCCCGGACAUCGAGCAGAGCUUCCAGGAGGCCCUGGCCAUCUACCCGCCCUGCGGCCGCCGCAAGAUCAUCCUGUCGGACGAGGGCAAGAUGUACGGUCGGAAUGAGCUCAUCGCCCGCUACAUCAAACUGAGGACCGGGAAGACGCGGACCAGGAAGCAGGUCUCUAGCCACUUGCAGGUUCUAGCCAGGCGGAAAUCUCGGGAGAUUCAGUCCAAGCUGAAGGCCAUGAACCUGGACCAGGUCUCCAAGGACAAAGCCCUCCAGAGCAUGGCGUCCAUGUCCUCAGCCCAGAUCGUGUCUGCCAGCGUCCUGCAGAACAAGUUCAGCCCACCCUCACCACUGCCACAGGCCGUCUUCUCCGCAUCCUCCAGGUUCUGGAGCAGCGCCCCCCUCCUGGGACAGCAGCCUGGACCCUCUCAGGACAUCAAGCCCUUCGCACAGCCAGCCUACCCCGUCCAGCCGCCCCUGCCGCCGACACUCAACAGUUACGAGCCCCUGGCCCCGCUCCCCCCAGCCGCUGCCUCCGUGCCGGCGUGGCAGGACCGGACCAUCGCCUCCUCCCGCCUGCGGCUCCUGGAGUACUCGGCUUUCAUGGAGGUGCAGCGCGACCCCGACACGUACAGCAAACACCUGUUCGUGCACAUCGGCCAGACCAACCCCGCCUUCUCCGACCCGCCGCUGGAGGCCGUGGACGUGCGCCAGAUCUACGACAAGUUCCCCGAGAAGAAGGGCGGGCUGAAGGAGCUCUACGAGAAGGGGCCCCCCAACGCCUUCUUCCUCGUCAAGUUCUGGGCCGACCUCAACAGCACCAUCCAGGAGGGGCCCGGGGCCUUCUACGGGGUCAGCUCCCAGUACAGCUCCGCUGACAGCAUGACCAUCAGCGUCUCCACCAAGGUGUGCUCCUUCGGCAAGCAGGUGGUGGAGAAGGUGGAGACGGAGUACGCCCGGCUGGAGAACGGCCGCUUCGUGUACCGCAUCCACCGCUCGCCCAUGUGCGAGUACAUGAUCAACUUCAUCCACAAGCUCAAGCACCUGCCCGAGAAGUACAUGAUGAACAGCGUGCUGGAGAACUUCACCAUCCUGCAGGUGGUCACGAACCGGGACUCCCAGGAGACCCUGCUGGUCAUCGCCUUCGUCUUCGAAGUCUCCACCAGCGAGCACGGUGCCCAACACCACGUGUACAAGCUCAUCAAAGACUAGGGGCUGCUGUGUGCCCCCAGGACGCGGGACGCGCGCCUGCCACGCGCUUGCCCGGCACUGCCAGGCGCCCGGGCUGAGGACACGCCGCCCCACCCUGCCGCUGUUGUGCGCUUUGGCUGUGGGAGCAGAGGGGCUCAGUGGCAGGCGCUGCCCGGCCACCACCCAGCCCUGCAGUGACCUCCGAGGCGGGGGCGGAAGACGCCUUCAGGCGUCAGUGCUGGCCCCUGGCUGCAGGGAGUGUGGUGGCAGGGGAGGCAGGAUGGAGGCUGAGGCAGGCAGCUUGCAGAGGACCAGGAGAGUUGAGACAAGGCAGGGCCACCUGGGGCCCAGGUUCCACUACCUCCGGAGCAGGGGUGGCCUCGCAGCAGCCGUACCAGGGACGGGAGCGCAGCGGCGGCUCCUGAUGCCCACCGUGGCUGGGCCCACGUGCCCUCCAGAGCCGGCCCCUCACAGAAAGGGGCCCAGGUGGAGCAGAGCCUGAGCUCGUCCCACCUCCAUCCCAGCCAGGCUUCAGCCCCCCAGACCUAGUACGCUGAGGGCCACUGGACCCCUGCAGCGCCUUCUUGGCACCAGGUCCGGGCUGGCCCAUCCCCAGCUGCCUCUGGGCACUGGAUCCACAUGAAGUAUUGUGCCCCUCCCGCCCACCUGCCCGCUUCCUGCACCGACUGCCUAUGGCUCGGGCCACCGCCACACCCCACCUAGGUUUUAUAAUGUGUUAUAUAUAUAUGUAUUUUUUGUGUACUUUCUAAAUCCGCUGUGAUGGGUUAUACUGUAAAUGUGGCUUGGGGCAGGAACCAAGACCUGCCCCAGCAAGAAAUUAAAAUUAUUUGUGGGUAAGUCACCACCUUUUCAAGAC